AUGCUCUUCCUUACCAAGCUGCACAACAUUUACACUGGUUUUCACCGUAUACAUGGCAUUUACACUCUUCCUCACCAACUUACAUUUGCACUCUUCUUCUCCAAGGUACACAACAUUGAAACUCUUCCUCACCCAGGCACGUGGCAUUUACACUCUUCUUAUUCUCCUUACCAAGCUGCACAACAUUUACACUGGUUUCAUCUACAUGCUUGUCAUUUACACUCUUCCUCCCAAAGUUACACGACAUUUGCACUAUUCCUCAACAAGCUACAUGACAUUUACACUCUUUUUCAUCAAGCUACACCACACUUACACUCUUCCUCACAAUGCUCAAGACGUCCGCUACAAAGAAGGCCACCCCCUCCACACCCUCUGACCCAUCACAUUCUUCCCACCCCGCAACCCCUCUUAGUAGACAGAAGUCCUUUCCCGUCCAAAAGGCCACUCCUUCCCAUAUUUUUCAACCCCUCAACCCCUCUCAGUAGAGACCUCAGCCUCUUCAGAAAAACACAUACGCCUCUACCUCCAGUCAGCCCAAGACCUCCUCUACAAAGAAAGCCACUCCCUCCAUACCCUCUGACCUGUCCCCAUCCAUCAACCCCUCUUUGUAGAGAGAAGACCUUACCUGCCAUUCCAUCUACAUCUUUUUCCCAUCCCUCAAUCCCUCUAAGUAGAGAUGCCAGCCCCUUCAGAUAA